AUGAGACCGGCUGAAAGGAUCCGUCUGGAUAUGGAUUCUCUCCAUAAACACAUCUCCACACAGCCUCCAUCCGGUGGAGCAUGGGAUGUUUCGAAUCGCGGGUGGACGGCACUCCCGAUCUCGCUAGAGCAGCCACGCACAUGGCAAACAACUCCUCUUACCCAUGGGGCUGUUCAUCUCCGAGGCUUCCUUUAUCACCCCUCUCGAGAGACAUCUUUCACCGAGCUUCUUCGUCCACAACGACGUCAAUGCACCCCGCAAUCAACGACUUUGGUGAUAACAGGGGCCGGAGACGAUGGAUAA